UCUACAAUCGUAAAUUAGGGUUUCACAAUCGUCUUCAUCAACCUCCCUCGCGCCGCUAAACUCCCGAAACCAGACUUCCAGCAAAAAUGGUCGCCGCCAAGAAAACCAAGAAGACCCAUGAGAGCAUCAACAACAGGCUCGCUCUGGUGAUGAAGAGCGGAAAGUACACCCUUGGUUACAAGACCGUACUCAAAACCCUCCGCAAUUCCAAAGGUAAAUUGAUUCUUAUCUCGAACAACUGCCCGCCGUUGAGGAAAUCGGAAAUUGAGUACUACGCUAUGCUCUCCAAAGUUGGUGUUCAUCACUACAAUGGAAAUAAUGUUGACUUGGGAACUGCUUGUGGAAAGUACUUCCGUGUUUCAUGCCUCAGCAUUGUCGAUCCAGGUGACUCGGACAUCAUCAAAUCGUUGCCUGCUGACCACUGAGAGAAAGAGAUAGAUAGUUUUAUGCCUUGCUAUUUCCUUUUUUUCUUUUUUGGAUUUCUUGAAAUGUUUCCUAUUUUUAAACGUAAAACGACACCUUGGCGGUUGGAAUUUUUCGACUUGAAUUCUAUCUGUGUUUAUCUUAUAUGUCUUGCUGGUUUUUGA